GUACUCAAAGGCAUAUUCCAUUUAUUUAUUCCAUAUACGUCACUAAUAAUUUUUGUCCAGGGCAUUCGUAAGUAUCGAUAUUAAAUCCUCAAGUUCAUUAUUUAUGUAACUGCACAUACUCUAGAACCGGCGGUUGUGCAUUUAACCGAGCUGUGAUCGAUAAUCGUUCCAGUGGUGCAUUUGUUUUAUACCAAAGCUACAGAUUUCAUUUCGCGGAUUAAAAUUCUUGGAGCUUUGCCUAUCAUUUUGUACAUAUGUAUAAUCCAAGAACGGUUAUGAAUUAUGUUGGAUUAAUAUGAAAUUUAAAAAAAAAUCCGGUUAAAUAGCAAUGCGGAUAUGCCUGGAAAAACUGGAAUCCGUUAUGGAGAUCUUGAUGGACGCCACGGACGGAUUUUAUGGACGCCGAUUUGUGCCACGCCUUUAACGCGCACGCUAGUAGAUCGUGGUUAAUAUUUUUGAUAAUUACAUGAUGUCGGAGCUUACUUUAUUAACUGUAAAUGGGACCGGAUGUGCUUGGCCGGAACGGAAUUUUCAGUACAUUUAUCAGUUCGAUGAGUUUAAAUAUACCGAGCUGAUUUUGCAUCCUAUAUGGCUUUUCCUCUGCACUGUCGGCGAAGUACUUAAUAUCAUCCUGCUAAGGAAAGUGGAAACCUUUCAGGCGAUGUUCGUCACCGCAGUCGCGCAUUUUGAUUUACUUGCAAUGUGGGGAUUCCUUCUACGAUCACUCCAAGUAUAUUUUGGAUUAACCAACAAGGAUGAAGUGGCAAUAUGGGGCAUUGAAAAUAAUGUGACCUCCGACUCUCUCAAAGCAUUUCUCGUCAGUUGUCAAUUUAUCGGCAAUAUUGGCACCUGGUAUUCAGACUGGAUCCUGGUUGGUUUCAGUAUUACGCGGCUCAUGUUUACGAUCGACCCCAUUCGCUGGCGAUUAUUUAUUACCCGAAAGCAGAUUCGCAUCGCCAUCUUGUGCUGCUUCCCGCUGAUUAGCGCUCUAUCCUUCUAUCCAAUCAUCGAGUUCAUUACGUUACACGAUAGCGCGGCACAAGCAUCGUGGGCCGGCAAAUGGCGUCAGUUUAAUUUUGUCAGCGCGGGUGUUGGCGCAUUUGCCAGUUUUUUAUUGAUACUCAUAACCAACAUGAUAAUCGCUAUGAUUCUGUGCAGACGCCAUCGGAAUUUCCGUGUUGACGUAGGACGCCGGCAAGGGUCACGUUGCAUGAGAGUACACGGAAACGACUCGACGAUAUCCACAACGAUGCCGCUAUUAACCGCCUCCGUGGUCAUCCACCUGGUGACAACCAUUCCUUACGUAUCGUGGUAUGUCGUGCUGGCGCUGGAGCGGAGCUGUCGUGUGCGAUUGACCGAUGAGCAUUUUGCCAUACUCCAGUCGUUUUUUAUACAGUUCUUGUAUCCGAAAUAUUCCCUGAAUUUUUUCGUUUACUGCGGUGUUAGUCGGACGUUUUUAAAGAGAUUUUUGCAUUGGGCAAAGAAGUAUUGCUGGUGCAACCCUGAAGUGGUCACUAAGAUUGUCGGUGUGACGACAUCGGUGUCCGAUGUGCCGACCGGUGGAACCGUCGAGUUUGAUCUGCAUGUGUGUGAAAGCCGCUCAGAUAAUGAUAAACGGCCUAAUCAUUAA